AGAUCCGUGAAGCCUUCAAGGUGUUCGACCGGGAUGGCAACGGCUUCAUCUCCAAGCAGGAACUGGGCACAGCCAUGCGCUCCCUGGGCUACAUGCCCAACGAGGUGGAGCUGGAAGUCAUCAUCCAGCGCCUUGACAUGGAUGGUGACGGGCAGGUGGACUUCGAGGAGUUCGUAACGCUGUUGGGGCCCAAGUUGUCCACAUCCGGCAUCCCGGAGAAGUUCCACGGCACCGACUUCGACACCGUGUUCUGGAAGUGCGACAUGCAGAAGCUGACGGUGGAUGAGCUGAAACGGCUCCUGUACGAGACCUUCUGCGAGCACCUGUCCAUGAAGGACAUCGAGAACAUCAUCAUGACGGAGGAGGAGAGCCACAUGGGCACAGCCGAGGAGUGCCCCGUCGACGUGGAGACCUGCUCCAGCCAGCAGAUCCGCCAGACCUGUGUGCGCAAGAGCCUCAUCUGCGCCUUCGCCAUCGCCUUCAUCAUCAGCGUGAUGCUCAUUGCCGCCAACCAGGUGCUGCGCAGUGGCAUGAAGUAA